AAGGUACUGCGUACACUCCCUCCCUGCCACGCAGCUCUCAAGAGGGGCAGGGACAAGAGCCUCAAGGUGAAGAGGAAGGGACAGGUGACCAAAGGCCUCCCUCGGCCCCUCAACAAGGACACCACAGGCGCUGUGGCUCCUAGGGAACGUGCACUCGAGAACAAAAUCCCAGUGUUCACCUGCCGCUCGGCACAGACGCUCAGGUUUCUAUAGGAAAGACUUGCUCAUGAUGUCUUUGUAACAUCAAAUAUUUAUCAGGGUUUGACCUACACCAUAGUAAUCUGUACUCUGCCAUGAACACAUCCAAACCCUGCAGCCCACAGCCAUCAGAGACCAAAACAGCACCCACAGAACUGCAGCAAGAGCUUCCGGAAAGACACAGAGGUGGCCCUCAGCUGCUGGGUCCAGUGCCCAGGGAGGCUGCGAGGAGCGGUGGGUGCAAACACAUGAAUUGUAGCUGCGGGCAGGAGGAAUAUCAGGUGCAUCUCUACGCCCCGAGGGCUCAACUCCUACACUUAAAUCCCUCCCACUGGAAGAGCCGGCUCCAGUUUCACCGAGCGAGCCAGCGUGAGAACAGGUCCUGCUCCCAGCACUGUCAGCACAGCCCCGGCACAGAGACGCCCGCACGCCGCAUCCCAGCAUUGCCACCUCUGGCCAGCACCUUCCUCGUCAGAACCGCGGCACGUGGAGCUGUCUCCAAACAAGAGCUUGGGAAGCAAAGCCAGAGCCACUCGGCUUCAAAAAAGCCACCGAGCCCAAGCUGAGCGGCAGUCAGCAGCGACUCCGCCCGGAAGACCAGAGUCUGAGACAGAAGAGGACAAUGAGUCUCCUCAAAGAGCGGAAACCAAAGAAGCCACAUUACAUCCCCCGGCCCCCAGGAAAGCCCUUCAAGUACAAAUGCUUCCAGUGCCCCUUCACCUGCAACGAGAAGUCUCACCUUUUCAAUCACAUGAAGUACGGUCUCUGUAAGAACUCCAUCACUUUAGUUUCAGAACAAGACCGGGUCCCCAAGUGCCCUAAAGCUAACUCGCUAGACCCUAAGCAAACCAACCAGCCAGACCCCACGGCUAAGCCAGCUUCUUCCAAGUCGGCCACAAAUGGACACUCCAGCUUUGACUCGAAGCUUCAACACAGCUUUCCCAAGGAGGACGUCAAGGAAAACGUGGAGCUGAAAGCUCGGGGAGCCCACAAGUGCCCACAAAAGCCAGGCCUCCACAAGGACACAGCACCCCUGAGUCCAGUCCCAGAAGCUGCCCUGGGCCCCCAGGCUGCCCUGGAAGGCGUGGUACGGCCUUCAGCAUUUGUUCCAGUCGGGGAGCACAGACUGAAAGGGCCAGAAAACACAGAGGCACCAGAGAUGCUGGCGGUAGCGCCCCCCACAGCCAAAGCCGCUGCUUUCCACACUAAGUCAGCCUUCCACACUCCUGGCUACCCCUGGAAGGCCGGCUCUCCAUUCCUGCCACCCGAGCUUCCACACAGAAUGCCGUCGACAAAGGGCUUCAGUGCCAUUCCCCCCUACGUGCACCCCACUGUGCCAGAGUAUCCCCCACACUUCCACGCCGAGCACGGACUAGCCACCAUCUACUCCCCCUACCUCCUGGCUGGGAACGCCUCUGAGUGUGACACACCUCUGCUGUCCCUCUAUGGAGCCCAAGACCAAAGGCCCUUCCUGCCUCACCCAGGGCCGAUCCCUAAGCACCUGAGUCCAUCUCCAUCAACAUACGAUCACUACAGAUUUUUCCAGCACUAUCCCUCCAAUCUGCCGAUUCCCUAUGGGUUUUACAGACCAGAGUCGGCAUUUUCCUCCUACGGCCUCAGGCUGCCCGCCGUGGCCGGCAUCACGCGGGAUCAGAGCUCACACCCACUGGAGGAGGCUGCGCUGCUCUAUGCAGCCUCAAGUCCUUCCAGGUCAAACCCUCCCUCCGCCCACAAGAAGCAGACCGAGCCUGAGAAGGAAAGUCCACCUCCAGAGGCUAAAGACCCUUCCAAAGACAGGCAGAGGGACACCGAAGGGGCCAAAAUGAGCCCCCGUGAGGGCAGCGCAGCCACAGGCUCCCCAGGGAGGCCCAGCCCCACCACGUUCACGCAGACCAGCCAGACCUACGAGGGCCUGUGUGACCUCUCCAACAAGCCCGCCACGUGCACCCUGGGACGGCUCCACCAGCCAGAGCACAGCCCCACGGCCUUCAAAUCCGUCCCGAAAAGCCACGAAUGCCUACACUCCGAGGACCCUGCAAAGGGGACAGAGUCUCCAAACAGCCUGAAGGCCACAACCAGAGACCCUCCCGUCCAGACAGGAAGCACCACUCUGGUCAUGGAGGUUGUGCCUUCCAGCCCAGAGGACAGCUCCAGGACAGGCCCUCUCAACCUCUCCAAGAAACCAGAGGCCAAACUGGCAGCAGCUCAUGGCCCCGUGUACAGAGGCUGCCUCCUGGAGGAGUCCCCCAGCUUCGUGGAGCUACAGGACCUGCCCCUCAACCUCUCGGUGAAGGACCCCUGCAAUGCCCGGCCCCCAGGGCCCACCUUGCCCAGCCCGCCCCCAGGCACAGAGCCUGAUGAGGCUGCUGCUGCCCAUCAGGAAGAAACAGGAAGUCCUGGGGAUGGGCCAAGCCACACCAAGCCACACAAGGACAGCCCCAGCGCUGACAAGGCCCCAGCAUCAAGCCCAGCAGGGAAGGCCCGCGAUGUGUGCGAAGAGGACAGCAGCGACGAGCAGAAGCAGACAGCAGCUGUGGCCCUGUGCCAGCUGGCGGCCUACAGCCCAGGAAAUGUCAGGCUGGGCGACGGGGAGCCCGCAGCCCAGGAGUCUGCCUGCCCACAAGAUGCACCCCCUCUCGGGUGCACAGAACGCCAGGAGGCUCAGUGUGACCUCAGACCCAGAGGAACAAAGAGGACAAGUCACAGAGACGCGGGGAAAUCCCAGCCAGCAGCUAAGAAGGGGAAGCCGAGUGACACGGCCAGAGUGUUCACUCUCCGGAAAAGAACCCGAGUGUCCUAAAGCCAGAGUAUGAGGCUCGCGGCACCCACACCCCACCCGAGGCAGGACCUUCUCCUUUCCCCCGGGCAGUUCCUAAAACUGCAGCUUCGUUUUUUUCUUUCCAAAAAUAAGUCUGCAGUUCAGUUUGUUUUUUGUAAAUAUUAGAAGGUGUCUCCACUUUUGGUUAAAGACACAUCUGAGUGACUCACGCCCUAACACUGUGAGUUGAACUUCGGCUCUCACAUUUGCAACACACCAGACUCAACGUACAGAACUAGAGGUAACGUGUAGAUAUACGCCAUCCUGCAGAAGGGCCUCUGACAAAGCUCUUACAGAUACUGUAGCACUAGAACAAAUCGUCUGAACUGUUUUUUAUUAAGUACAGUCGUGUGUUUCGUUUUGAAGCAAAUAGAAGUUACUGGGAAACAUGCCAGGAAAACAAACAUUUUUAACCCUAGCAUUCAAGUAUUGCAUGGAGAGUGCUGUGACUCUAUGUGACUGAACAACACACAAACAUCGCGAGGUUAUUUAUGCAAUUAACUUAUUUCCUUACGGAAAUGGUACUGCUGGUGAAGGUAUUACCAAUUUAUUCUAUUUGCUUAUAAUGUUACAGUAAGUUUUUGAUUUAUGCAGCCUAAUUUUCCACUCCUUACAAUGUCCAUGUUAUUCAUGUUCCAAUAAACUCCUGGUCAGUGCUAAGCACCCAUCCACAAGAGACAAA